UUCAAUCUGGCGCCAGCCACACACCCAGACGCCAGCGAACAUGUCGAACCUCUCCACUCUAUGCAAUGCUGCUCUUUUGAACUACUCGCUUAGCCCUUCUCUCUCUUCUUCUCUUUCUUGUUCUAGCCUCACAUUCGCGCCCAACCUAAACCUUCAAGCACAAGGUUGCCUAGGUCUCCUACGUCACAGUUUCCAUAAUUCAACGAGGUCUCUCGGCAAAAAAUUCAGGAUCAAGAUGUCCUCCGAUCCCCUUCCUCAAACCUCCAUUGUUGUGGGAUGCGGGUCGGUUUCAGUGGAUUUCUUGGCAACUGUUGCCGCUUAUCCUAAGCCAGACGACAAAAUUAGAAGCAGCAGCUUGAAGGUUCAAGGAGGUGGCAAUGCUGGUAAUGCUUUAACUUGCGUUGCUCGCUUGGGCUUAAAACCUAGGCUGAUAUCCAAGGUUGCAGAUGACACUCAAGGCAGGGGCAUUUUAGAUGAGCUGAAGGUUGAUGGUGUAGAUACCUCUUUUAUGGUGGUUUCUGAGGAGGGCACUUCACCAUUCACCUAUAUAAUUGUGGACAACCAAACGAAGACCCGUACUUGUAUACAUACCCCAGGACAUCCUCCAAUGAUCCCUGAAGAACUUUCUGAGUCGAGUUUGUUAGCUGCACUGGAUGGAGCAAGAAUUGUUUAUUUUGAUGGGAGAUUGCAUGAAACUGCCCUAGUUGUUGCGCAUGAGGCAGUUCGGAAGGAUGUACCCAUCUUAAUCGAUGCAGAAAGACUGAGGGAAGGGCUAGAUGAUCUCCUGAAAUUAACUGAUUAUAUAGUAUGCUCAGCAAACUUUCCACAGGCAUGGACAGAGGCAUCAACUCUUCCAAGGGCACUUGUUUCUAUGCUUUUACGGUUGCCCAACAUCAAAUUUGUGAUUGUAACUUUGGGAAAAGAUGGUUGCAUAAUGCUUGAGAGAAGUAAUGAUGAGGGACAAUCCUCUGAAGAAGUAGAUGUAGACAGCUUACUGGAAUCACUGGAGAACAGAAAGAAUGAUAGCAUACCCGUCCCAAACUGUAUAGCAUCGCCAGUGACAAAAUUGAAGGCGGAAGGGAUAGGAACAAUUUGUGGAAGGAUUUAUGUUGGUACAGCUGAGAAAAUACCAUCACCAGAGCUUGUUGAUACGACUGGUGCUGGAGAUGCAUUCAUUGGAGCUGUUCUCUUUGCUAUCUGUGCCAACUUUUCCCCGGAGAAAAUGCUAUCCUUCGCUGCUACAGUGGCAGCUGCCAAGUGCAGAGCCAUAGGAGCAAGAAGUGGUCUUCCAUACCGUGCAGACCCACGUCUGGCAUCAUUUUUGCAGUAAAUAUAAGCUUUGAUCUUGCCUUCAGCUGAUGCAUGAGAUGUGAUCAGUAGGCUAUUCGAUUUUCUAUUUGUAUGGGUUAAUAAUAACCUAGCAUGACUAGCAUAUUUAGUCUUCAUGUUGAGGUGAAGAAAGUAUUUGCCUUGUUCCGAGUUCAAAUGUUAGUAAAAAGCCGAAGGAGAAGAAUAAUAGCCUUGUAUGGCUAGUUCUUGGAUGACGUGAAUGACGUGCUUUCAUUUCUUAAGUUGAACGCGUGUAUGCGGAGCUAGCUUCCUGGCAAAAUGAAAAAGACGCUAAGUUUGUUCAUUAAGGA